AUGCCCCUGCCGCACCCCGUCCAGCACGACAUCCUCGCGGCCGUGCGCGGCGUGGAUGUGCCCAGACACGUACAGCCGCGGGCGGAGGCGGGCGACCUCGCUGAGGAGAUAGGGACAGCCGGCGCGGUGGAUGGCGCGGCGGUCGAGGUGCUCUUUGGGGGGGCCCAAUUCGACAAGAUCGCCGCCCGAAAGUUCGGCGGGCCCCGGGGCGAGUACAAGGACAACCCACUCUACGCCCUGUGCCGUUUUUACGAGUUCGUCGCUCUUGAUAGGAAUCCCAAGAACUGGAAGACUUCAUAUUCGAGCGGCCCUGACUGCCAAUUUCUGGCUUACAAUUAG